AUGGCUGUACGCGUUCUGCCUCGCAUAGCUUCAUUCUUGCGAGCUGUGAGGGAGGACUCGCGUGUCCUAUCACGGCCCACUGAGUUGCAAGGGGAUCGUUGCCUAUUGUUGUACAACACCAGGCAGUGUUUCCUUCCUAAUGUUUCCUCUUUCCCCUCCGUCAUGCAGCCCUCCCCCAAUACCGCUUAUUUGCGUGUGCGCGCCCAGAAGCCUACACGCCUUGCUCUGGCAAACGCUUGUCAAACCCCACCGCAGGAUGGGGUUUGCGACGACACUACCAAAUCCGGCACGGCAGAGCCGUCCAUUCCAGUGUCUGGCACCACACCCCGGCUAGACUCUACCAGCCCACUCCCCAGUCGGGACCAGUGCUCUCAGCCUGUGGGCGAUCAGUCAGAAGGUGGCUCAAUGAGCAGUGACAAGUGCGUCCCCGCAAGAGUUUUAUUUCCAGCGGAGGCUCCAGGCGCAAAGCGGGAGAAGGGCUCCCAACGUAAGAAGAUAAUAUCAGUAGGCCAGCUUUUGAACAAACGGAUGCGUACGGAGAGGCCUUCUUGUCUCAUUUUGUCUUUCGAUUGGAGGAGGGUUUAUGAGACCAAAGACUUCUGUUGUGGUUGCUGCGCUGCUUCUGUUACACCUUCCCUGGAUGUUUCCAGUCAUUCACCUUGUUCGGCAUCCCGACCGUGCUGUACUCGCGAUGGCUGCGCGCGCCGAAUGGAAACUCAACAAGAAGAUUUUUCAAGCCCAGCACAUCUGGCGCCGCCUCAUACACCUGCUCAUGAAGACAAUAUGAGGCCAGCUUUGCCGAAUGCCUCAGGUUCAGAGUCACCCUGUUCAGUCCCCGCGACGACGGGUUCGAGGACACCUGGUAGCUGCAGCGAGGCCCGCGCCGGCUCCCGAGGAAGCGCAGUUGCAGUUGCUGAGGCAGAAGCAAUGGCUACCAUUGAGUUUUUCAGGGAGAGGCUCCAGAGGCGCAUUGUUGUUCCCAAGAUUAUAGUUUUCGUCAUUCUGCCGACAGGAAUGGAAGAUCCGCAGUCAGCCGUUGGCUUUUUGAAGAAACUCAAUCCAGCAGACAUUGCUGCAAUCUUCAUAACGUGCGGCGUGGAUGACUUGAAGGCUAAACUGGAAAAGCUGGAACAGGUGAUAAAUCAGUAUUUGCUUUUCGAGCCGUACUGCGGCCUCGUCCUUGAAAAUAAGCCCUUGGGUCUAUUUCCUUUAGCCCUCAGAUUUUCUGGAAACGGGCAGCUUGUCCUGCGGGUGUUGCUGUUGGCCCAGGUUUCCUUCGAUUGCAGCGUGGAAUAUUACGAAACUGAAGCUCGGCGGUGUCUAAUAAAGGCUGGAUACAUGCUGGAAUUUGCACAACAACCUCACGCCGCUAUGAAGAGUUAUAUCACUGCUUGGCAGUUCCUAACCAGCUACUCACAAAUGGCCCCUGCCCUUGAACGGAUGACGGUUUGCAAUUUAAUAAGCGUGCGCAUGUACCCGAUGUACUUUAAAGCAAAAGAGCCGUCUAAGGCAGCCCAUCACGCCCGCGAGCACCGCGCAGUUCUACGGGAAAAUAUUCCAGAGUCACCGCUACAGGGCUACUUGCUUCCGCUGUGGCUAGCCCAGCUGCAUCAGCUGCUUGCCCAGUUGUGCGAAGAUGCCAUGCGGACGAGCCCUCCGUCGCUCGACACCCGUGACGUGUGGCAGCUAGCCGGCUUUCACUAUCAAGCUGCUGCUAGGUACCUCCAGCACGUCAGAGCCUGGAUCAGGACGGCAAAGGAAGUUCACCCUCCACCGUCCAUGAAAGGUGGACUCGGGGUUCCAUCUGAGUGGAUUGGGCAGCCAGAUACCCUCCAGCAUGGAACGGGCGCCUUCGCAACCUCAAACUCGCAAGACCCUGAAGCGGCUGCUGCUGCAGCGCAAGAAGAAGUAUUCCUUCGAUUUAUAUUCUUCUUCAAUGAGGCGCAAGUGCUCACGCAUGCGACACACUUGCUGUCCAAGGCUCAUAUUGCCUAUAAGCUCGUUGGGGGAUACCGUAGUUGUCCUAUUUUGGCAUGCGAGCUCGCCGACGCCAUGUUUGACGGCCACCGGAUGAUGACGGCACGUCAGCUGUACUUCACCCUGGCUACGGCCUUUGCAUCGUAUAAGUACGGCCGCCAUAAAACGUGGCAUCUUGAAGCAGUGUCUGCACCGUUCAACACUGCGGAGCCUGUAGCCCUGCAGCAGGCUGUUGAUGUUGAAUGCCGCGAACACCCUAAAAAUGAGAAGGGCGCUUCCAUGCCAGCAGCAAUAGACGGAGACUCUGGAAAUCCUGAGCUUUUUUUAGCGGCUCAGACGACUGCGCCUGCAAGGCAACCCGAAACUUUCAGCCAAUCUGUCGCUGAUGAGCCGCAUCUGCCUGCUGGCAGUCGCCUGCGUCUUUCUGGGGCUGGGAAUUGCACAGGGUGGUGGCCUUUGUAUCGGUACGUGCUGGCGAGACUUACUCUGUGUGUUUCUCUCUUACUGUCAAUCGAGCCGCCGGCCUUUUUGCAUAAGAUUGCGCGGGUUGACUCGCGGUUCAGCUCGGCAGUUGAAGAUUCCGUUCGGUCUCUGCCUGGUUCUGUGGACGUGCAACAGCCUGCAAUGGCAGCUUGUUCAGCGGAUUCUUUUGUUGCAUCUGCGGCGACAACUACUGGAGGGGUUCAAUCAGAUGCUGAGAACUGCCAUAUAGCCCUAAAGGCAUCAUUCGAGAUUCUGAACAUUCUUGCCUUGCGGGAAGAUAUCGAGGAUCCUGAUGCCUCAAAGAGAAAGCAAAUGUACGGAUAUGUAGAAAUGCUCCUGCCUUUGUUGAGACGCUUCGAGCAGCCUUGUGGCGCCAGCCAAUGGAUAUUCCAUUUGGAUCUGCACGCGGUAGUGGUGUGGACAGACUUCGCCUCUGAGUUGCAUCGUGAGCAAAUGGUUUCAGACACUGGCUUGUUUGUGAGGCAGAGGGUUUCCGUGCCUCAGGCAGGCUCUGAAAGUGCUUCCGUGUGGGAAGGUGUGAAAAUUGGCAGAGUAUGUUUCCAGCACCGGCUGGGGUUUGACAUCUGUGUCUGGAACUUCUCGGAGCUUGUAACGAGCACCGGGAAGAAGGCAAAGUGUCUCCUGGCUACCUCGAAAGACUGUCCGCAAGUAACUGCCGUAGAGGAAGGCGGCCGUGCAUUUCCAGCGGAAUGUGCGUCUGUCACACUGCCUCAUGGAGAGCUCUGCUACUGUGACUUGUAUCUGGCCCCCCAGGAGCUUAGAGAUGUCAGCGGCUCAACUGUACGCCGCCUGCACCUGUCCUGGGCUUUAUGUCCGUCGGUUUGCUUCCAGCUGGCUACUUUAUGCUGCUUAGAGUGGGAGGUGUCCCGCCUUCCUGGCAAAGCAUUUCCUGCAUUUAGCUUUUCAGAGCCCCGGGCGGUUCCUGACGGCUGUUGGCCUUCUCCGAUUCGCCGGGCUAUUCGUUUUCACAAGCUAUGCAUUCCUCCGGCACCCCUUUAUGAUGUUGAACGCCCCGGACUAGCUGAGCCGUUUUUGCCUUCUGUGUGCUUAUCAAAAGAUUCCUUCCAGCUCGAUACGAUUGAAGACUACCCGUCAAAGUGCAUCUGUGUUGGUGAGCUUGCUCCAUACACAGUGCGGCUAACUAUUAAGCAGGAUUGGAGUGAAUGCAAAUUUAGUAUUGGUGUGCAGUGUACGGCGCAAGAAUCUGGGGGUGAGAAUGACCGGACAGUUGACACCUCCAUCCUUUUGGAGGAUGAAUUUGAGUCUUAUCUGAUGGAAUUGGAUGAAAGAAAAGAGCUUGGUGGUGAUGCAUGUCAAUCUAGAAAUGCGGUGGAGCAAAUGCAAACAAACGGAAGCAUAGACUUGCCUACCUACCCGAGACUCUUGCGAGUCCCUACUAAUGGAUCGCCCUGCUUGCCAUUUACAGUAGGGAGAGAUGGCCCAGGGCUGGAAUGUACAAAAGAAAGGGAGGCGACUGGUGGGCGGGAACGCGUGGGUUCUCCGUGGGUAUUUGACCCUCGGGACUACCGCGACAAGCUUUCUAUUGCUGAGUGGGGAGCGCUUGUAGGGGAGGAAGGGCAGGACACUGAUCGUGACGAGCUCACUGCGCCCGAAGCCUUUAAGAUUAUUUGUAUCCCCAUGUUCAUCCGUCUGCGUCGCUCGGGGAGUUUCGAUAUUCGUGUUACUGUUGAUAUUAACCUUGAUGACAUUAUUCAAAGGUUGACAACCACCAGUGCUGUGGACUGCCAACGUUGUUUGAACUUAUCCUCGGGCUUGAUAUCCCUCCCUUCAACAGGUGCUGGCGGGCCUUCUGAAGCUCGCCGGGUGAACGUCGCGAAUGUUUCCGACAUUGCUCUUCAACUAACAGACGUAAAGUUCUGUGGUUUUGAGGGUCAGGACUUCUCCUCCGGCACUUCAGAGAAGUCUUUAGGCCGUCAACUGUCCUUCAUCACUCCAGAGCUUCCGUGUACUCUGCUUCCGGGCGAAUCUUGGUCAGGGAUUUCGAAGACCUUUACUUCAUCAGAACAGGCCGCAGUCCUUUUGAAGUACACCCGAACUGCUAACUACCUGCCAUUCCCGUUCUGUUGCGCUGACCCCGGCAUAAAAGAGAACAUGACUAUUACACGCCUUCCAGCAAUAGUAAAGCCGUUGUGGGUGCGCUGCCUGCAUAUUAACCUGGCUCAUCCAGUUACCUCUGCGGUUGGUGUCCCGUUCGCGUUUUCGGCAGCUCUUGAAAAUCUGAGCCGAGAGGCCAUGGAACUGGUUGUACGUCUGCUGUACCCUCGUGCGGAAAGCCUGACCGUGGAGGACUCAGCAGACUGCAGUUCAGUGGCAAUUCCGUCUGAUUGUCCAUUUAUGAUUGGUGGGCAAAUUAAGACGCAGGUCAUCAUCCUUCCUCUUAGCACAAAGUCUCUUCAUUGGACUCUUGUUCCCUCCAGGCCAGGAUCGUUCAGGCUACCAACUGUUCUGGUUGAGGGUACAUCGAAGUCAGUAAACUCAGGAUUGCAGAAGGGAACGCCGUUCACAACUGGUUCAGGCAGUCUCAACCCCACUAAUUGGGAAUGUGCUUCCAACCCGGCUCACGUCCUUGUCUUCUCAAGAUAA